AUGGUGGUGACGCUUUCUUUUACAACAGUUUCAGUAUUGCCGAGCUUAUCGUGAGACCUUGAAAGCAGCAUCAGACGCUGCCGAAGGCACGAGGUCCUGCCUGGGGUUUUCGCGCGUUCCGUUGCCAUGGAGCCGACUUUGUUUCCGCUCAGAAAAGUGAAAGGCGGCGUUUUAAGGAGACGUUACAGCCUGGGAGGAAAAGCAGGUACAGACGGGACCGUCGUCGCUCACCAACCGUCCUGGGUUUGUGGACCACAAAGAGCAGCAAGUGUUCGCGCUUUCUGGAAACCCUCGUGUCAAACAAGGAGAGCCCGUGUAACGAGCGUGUGCGUGUCUGUGUGCAGAAAAAGCUCUGGGCCACUUUGUGUGAAAGUCGCCAUUCACAAGGCAUUCAGUGAGUCCACAAUGAGCAGCAGAGUGGCAGAGGGCCGCCUGCAGACCCUGCAGAUCUACCGCCUGCUUCAGCUAGUCCAUGAAGUGGAUAAGGCACAGAUAGAGAAGAUGGUGCAGUUCGGGGUGGAAGACCUCAUCAAUCUCACAGAGCCGAAGGACGGUGUGGGGGUGCUCCAUGUGGCAGUUUCAGCCAACAGUCUAGAGCUCGUCACCUUCCUCCUCUCCAAGGGAGGAGAUCCUAACGUGCAGGACAAAAGGGGCCGCACUCCGAUUAUGUUAGCUGCUGAGCUGGGCAACGAUCCCAUUGUGUCUCUUUUGGCCCACAGCGAAGCCAACCUGAGGCUCCUGGAUGUAGAGGGCAAAAAUGUGCUGUUCUACUGCAUCUACCCCACCAAACGCCACUGCCGCUGCCUGCAGGUGUUGCUUAAGUGCGGUGCCAAUGCCAACAGCGUGUCAGUGCAGGGGACGCAUGUAUUUCAGCUGAUGUGUGAAAAGGCCCAGGAGUGCACCCCCUUGUGCCUCAUUAUGCUGAAUGCUGGGGCAGACCCCAAUGCAGCACACCAGAAAACUGGAGUCACAGCGUUGAUGGAGGCAGUCAAAGCAGGUUCCCUGCCACUUGUUAGAGCUAUAAUCAGGAUGGGGGGAGACCCCAACGCCUCUGACAGAAAGCGGCUCACAGCCGUCCACUAUGCUGCCAUGGGCGGCUUUUUUGAGGUGCUUCAGGUGCUGUCUGCAUACUCAGCAGACAUGAGUGCGAUGAGCCUUAAGGACUGCACAGCCUUACACUACGCUGCUGCCUCGGGCAAUGCAAACUGCUGCAAGUUCCUGGCACAGAGAGGUUGUAACCCUAAACUGAAGAACCGGGAAGGUUUGCUGCCGCAUCAGAUUGCCAAAGAUUCUGGUCACAACGCAGUAGCCAAGGAGCUCCGGAAGGCGGAGAGGAAGCAGGGAAAAGGCAGCGAUCCCAGCGGCGCUGGCCAGAUGUCAGAUCUCUGGGCACUGACCCUCCACGACUGGUCUCAAGAGUAUGAAGCUGAACUGUGGAAAGCCUUUGGCGACAAGUCAGACACAGUUACUGCAGAGAGGUUUGUUUCUGUAUUAGAGGAGCUACAAGCUCCAGUUGAACCAGACCAGAUCCAAGCAGUCAUCUCAGCUCAUGGAGGAGACGUCAACAUCAGUGACUUCAUCAGAGGAGUCAAGUACAUCAAGAAACCGUUCCGCCUCUCCUCGUAUAUGCCUAAGAAGAAAAAGGGAGGAAAGGGGAAAAAAGGAGGCAAGAAGAAGAAGAAGGCUCCGUUUGUUCUCCCCAUGCCCAUUUGCACCCUCCCACCGGAGCUGAAGCCCCGACGAGCAGACGGAGGCCCACCCAACUUCAUGAUCAGCUCAUACUUUAACUGCUCGGACGUCCUCCGAUUCGACCCGGCUCACCCGCCAGUCCAUCCGGUGAUGAAUGACUCAGGAUGGUACAUACACAAGCCGCCGCCGGUCUACGUCAACGUGAACUCCUGUGUGAGAACCAAUGAUCUGGAGUCUCUGGACCACGCCUUCAGUAAAGGGGUGCCGGUAGAUGUUCAGGAUGAGUUUUACAAGACGCCGCUGAUGGUCGCGUGCUCCACUGGCAACUAUGAGAUGGCUCAGUACCUCCUCAGCAAGGGGGCUGAUGUGAAUGUGUGUGACCAGUUCUUCUGGACCCCCCUCCACCAUGCAGCGUACGCCGGGCAGCGGGAACUCAUUGAACUUCUGGUGAAUGCUGGAGCUAACCUCGAUGCCCCGGCCCUGGGUGGAGCCACGCCCCUCAUGAGGGCCAUUGAAACGUCUCGAGUCUCCUGUGUGGAUUUCCUCAUCGAGGCGGGUGCCAAUGUGCUUGCAGAGAACAAGAGAGAGCAAAACUGCCUUGAUGUUUCCAGAGAUUUUGCAAACCCUGUAAUAAUCGACUUGGUCAAACAAAAGAUGGAUUCUCUGCCUAAACCAAAGGACAAAGCAAAAGGAAAGGAGGCUGAAGCUAAAAAGCCUAAAGCGACUAAAGCCAAGGUUGCUGCUCCAAAAGUCGCUGCGCAAGCAGAGACAUCGUCUGCAGCAGCAGAAAAGACUCCACCCCAGAAGGAUUCAAAUAGUGUCAUCCUGCAGAACACCAGCAUCACGACCGGGAGAACCAAAGUCGUGGACAUCACCUUUGUGCCAAAGAUGGUUUGGGGGAAGCCGCCCACCACCAGCCAGCUGAUGUCAAAGAUAGAGAGAAGGAAUAAGCACCCAUCCCUCGAGGUGGACUUUGACGAACUCAUGGUGCCUUUCAGCCACCAGCUCCAGGCCACAAUGCUGGAGCUAACAAACACCGCAGAGUAACAGGCGGCGAGGUUAGACAGAGACUGACAUCUUGGAGCGAAACUGGCCGCUUAUCAUAAUUGUGGAUAUUUCAUUCAAUCUUUUCCACAUGGCUUUUUUUUCUGCCUUGUUGGACAUCGUGCUUUGAAUAAUGUUUCCUUCCAUCGCAUCAGGUUGCUGCUGCUUUUAUUAUGGCUCUGUGCCCGCGACUGACGUGGUCACAGGUUUGAUGUUUCCAGGUUGUGCGUCUCUAAUCAUCGAUGUGAUAACUCAGGAAUGCCUGAAGAACAUUUUUUUCUUUUUUAAGGAGGCACAAGCGUCCACUUGGACUCAAGGAUGAACUGAUUGGACAUAAUCGAUUCGUUUUUAUUGUUUCCUUUAGGGAAAAUUUGUCUCGGGCACAUUUAUCACAGCCAGGUGAUUAAACACAGACAGCACUGCACAGUAACAUAUGGCCCUGAUGAAAUACAUUUUAACUCAGGAAGCCGUACCAUGCAGCAACAUGGUGUAUGGAUAACAUUACAUCUACAGGGUCAAAGGUCAUCUGCACUGUCAAAUCAUAAUGUUGUUUGACAGCAUGACUCAGAAGGAUGACCUGUGAGCAUCCUGAUGUUUGGCUGCAGCCGAUCUGCACGUUUUACAAACUGUAGCUUUUUUCAGUGAUUUCCAUCACUUUUCACUGCUUUUCUGCUGUCAUGGCUGCAACUUUGCGUUCCAUAAGAAUGAACUUUAUGGGCCAAAUAUGUGAUCACUUGCAGACUUUUAUAGAAAAAAAUUGUUUGUGUAUUUCAUGAAAUGACAUUUAUUUUGCUUUUUCUUAUUUUUACUCAUAUUUAUGCUGCUAUAAUGGCUUAAUGUGGUCAUCUCCGACACACAGAGUGACGGGCAGUCACGAGAACGAUAGGUUGUCAAACCUAAGGCCUGGGGGCCAGAAUCAGCCUGGAAAAAUCCCCUAUUCAGCCCACUGGAUGUUUUUGGACUUUUAACUGUAUUUUCAUAAAACUUA